UUCUUCUACCGCAUUGAACUCGCCAUAGUCCGGCUCCACCGGCCAAUGGAGAAUGGCAUCGACUACGAUACCAACUCCGGUCUGGCCACAAGCAUCGUGGUCUCCGGCAAGUACAUGGAUAGGUGGAACAUAACGGAUGGGUUGCUGACGUACAGCGGCAUGGGAGGGUAUGGGGGGAGGAGGGCGGAGCCAAGGGAUCAGAAAAUGGAGAAGGGGAAUCUGGCGAUGAAGAGGAGUGUGGAGGCGAGGAAGCCGGUGAGGGUGAUA